AUGAAUGAUAAGUUCCUUUAAUUAAGAAAUAAUUAUUGCUAUCAAUACAACAAGAGAAUUAAUAAAAAUUAUGAAUAACCCUAGUAUUCUCAAAGAUUGAAAACUGAAACUCCUCCAAUACUUAAACAAAAUAAAUAUACAUACCAUUCUCCAAGGAAAUUUAUUUAAACUACUUAAGCUUCAUUUUUUGAUCAUUUUAAAAAGUUUCCAACUCCUAAACCUACUGCUUAUUAGACAUACUUACAAACAUUGUUAGAAAAUAAAAUUGAAAUUCAGGCUAAAUAAAAAUAUCAGCCUUCAUUCACAAUGCAUAAUAUUAAUGGUCAGAAAAUUAGCACCUAUAAAGAAAUAAAGGAUACAAUAAAAAAUCAAUCAAAAUAUAAUCAUCAUCAAAAUAAAUCUGAAAUAAAAAUGCCAAAAAAAAUCUAGUAAUACGAUAAGUCUUAGUUUAAUUCAGCUCGAAAACAUUAAGAAUCAUUAAAAUAAAUAUCAUUAAAAAAGUUAGAAAAGAUCAACGAUAAGUUUAAUAUAAGUAGAGCACCAAAUAGAGUUUAAUUUAUUAAAAGUGAUAGAAUUGAGACAUAGAAUUAUAAUUUUGACGACAUUGAACCUUGGAACACUUCUGAACAAAAAUGA